AUGUACCCGUAUCCCUCGCCGUAUGGCGUCAACGGUCUUCUGCCGGCGCCGUCGCGGCAGCCGGCCGCCAUGCCUCCUGUGACGCCUCCAGCACCCGCCGGUGUCGUCCCCUCCGCUCCCGUCUACUACGCGGCAGGCUCCGCGCCGCAGCCCCCAGCUCCCCUGCCGCACCGGGUGGCUGCCGCCGCGGGGACGCCUUCGGUCGGAGCCGCGACCGCGGUCGUCGCGGCGCCUGGAGCCCCAGCGGGGACGCCCGGCGUCGUGGGCGGCGCCAUGGCGGGCAUGGCGAGCCACGUUGUGGGAGCUCUCGAGAUCGAGGGCGAGCAACUGGGAAUUCUCCAGAAGCGCCAACUUCGGCAGCAAGAAGACGACGUGCAGAAGCGCAAUAUGGUGGAGAUGACCGACUCAACGACGUACAAUGUCAAUGCUCUCCUCAGGUCGAAUAUUUUGGCGUCGGAGUACUUCAAGUCUCUCCACGAACUCAAGACCGUCCCCGAAGUUGUUGACGAAAUUGCGCAGUACGCGCAGCAUGCAGAGCCCUACUGUUCCGGGUCCUCUCGAGCCCCGUCGACUCUCUUCUGCUGUCUCUACAAACUCUUCACCAUGAAACUGACAACCAAACAGGUCGAGCAGCUUCUCGACUACUCCGACUCGCCCUACGUGCGCUGCGCUGGAUUCCUCUACCUUCGCUAUGUCCAUCCGCCCGAGAAGCUGUGGAAAUGGUAUGAGGCGUACUUCCUCGACGACGAAGAAUUUGCGGCGAGCGCAGAUGCGAAGAGAACCACGACUGUGGGCGAGUAUGUGGAGUCUCUGAUCAUGGAGGAUAAAUACUUCAACACAGUGCUUCCGCGUCUGCCCGUCAAAGUGAAGAAUUUGUAUGGGACGCAGUUGAUGGCGAUGGAUGAGCACCGAAAGCGCAAGGCGAAAAACACGGAAGAGGUCGACCGGUUCGUCCCGGGCGCCUCCGUCCUCGCGUGCUCCAAAGGAGACUGGCUAGACGGCGAGCUCAUUUCCGUCGAUCUAGAGAGCCGCCCGGGCGGAGCGUGGGUCCAGCUGGAGGACGGGAGCGAGGAGCUGAUUGACCUCGGCUUGGUGAUUCUUUUGAACGCGAAGAAAGAAAAGAAGGAGAAGAAGGAGAAGAAGGAGAAGAGGCAGAGAGACUUCCGCGAGGACGACGUCGACCGCAGAAGACGAAGCCGGUCGCGGAGCGGGAGCGGAGACAGAGACAGGGAGCGCAGAAGAGAUCGCCGCUCGCCCCGCAGGAGACACAGAGACGAAGACCGAGGGAGGCACGGAGAGACAAGAUCCGACAGAGGAGACAAACACAGAAGCAGCCGACGGAGUCGGAGCCGCAGUGGGGGACACUGCAGCGAGAGCCGGAGCGCCAGCAGCAGCCGAAGUAGGGCAGGCAGUCCGCACGCAAAAACCCAGCACGAUCUGUUGAAAGAAUUUAGGCGGAAAGAGAGAGAAAAAGCUCUCGCAACUGGAAAGGACUACGCUCGAAGACCCACGUCGUACAAAUCAUCCCUGUCGUCUCGCCUCAACAAUCCGUCGCACUCCUCGCGGUCUCACCGUGGAUCGUCGAAGAAAACAGACAGGUCGCCUUCGCACGGCCGAAGUGGAAGCAAACGGAUGGUGCAGUCCAGCGAGAGAGACGGAGGCGCUCGCGGCGCACCCGCUUCGGCCCCGAGUGAACCGGCUGCAGCAGCCCCUCCGAAGGAGCCUUCUCAAGAGCAUUUGAAGAAGAUGCAGCAGCUGAUGGAGAGGUACAACCGAGGAGGCGGUGCCGAGGGCGGAAGCGGCGACAAUCCCCGGACGCAGGACGGCGAGCUCCCCACAGUGAUGCGACUCGGAGGCGGGCGAUAG